AUGACCCAACAACAAGCACAACGACAAGCACCAGCACCCUGGCGCACCCUCUUCAGCACCCAUCUCUCCCAAAACUCUACCACAUCAUUUACCCUCUCCACAGUCGCCUACGAUGCAGCGAACCGCCCCGUCCCGCGCUCGCGCACCUGCGAAUUCCGCGGCUUCUUUCCCAAUCCCGCUCUCCAUCCUACCGCCCUUGAAGCCCUGAACACCCAAGCAGACGGGCCGAACCCCGCCUUCUACGAGAGUGAUUAUCUCUCGCUGACGACGGAUGUGCGUAUGGAUAAGACGCAUCAGAUUGGUGAGUCGGGGGGUCUCGUCGAGGGGGUGUUCUGGUUAGCAGAUGUGAGACAGCAGUGGAGGAUAAAGGGCGUUGCGUUCGUGGUGGGAGAUCCGGACGGUGGUGAGUUGGAGAAUAAUUCUAGGAAUGAGAUUCUGAAGGGGAUGCGAUGUGGAGAAUUGGGACAGGAGGGUAAGGAGGAGGAUGGGAAGAGGUGGAGUUGGGAUAGGCUGGUGACGAGCUAUUUUGCGAAUCAUUCGCCUGUUAUGAGAGGGUCUUUUAAAAAUCCUCCGCCUGGUCAGCCUAGGGCUCAGUGUCCGACAGAUCCAAAUCUAAAGCUGGGUCAGAAGGUAGAUGAUUUGCAUGAUCCAGUGGCACGGCGUAAUUUCCGAGUUGUGGUUAUUCGUCCUGAAGAGCUGGAGCGGUUGGAUAUUGACAAUUUGGAACGACAACGGUGGACGCUGGUGGGUGAUGAACAAUGGGAAGAGGUGGAAUUAUGGCCGUGA